AUGGAGAGCCGAAAGGACAUGGUUAUGUUUCUGGAUGGGGGUCAGCUUGGCACUCUGGUUGGCAAGAGGGUCUCCAGUUUGUCCGAAGCCGUGGGCAGCCCGCUGCCCGAGCCGCCCGAGAAGAUGGUGCCCCGUGGUUGCCUGAGCCCGCGGGCCGGUCCUCCGGCCGCCCGGGAGCGCGGCGGGGGAGGCCUGGAAGAGGAGCCGGUCGACGGACUAGCAGGCAGCGCUGCGCGGCCGGGCGCAGAGUCGCGGGCCGCCGGGGCCGCAGUGCUCGGCCCCGGACCUCCGGCUGCCUCCGCCGACAGCCUCCCAGGCCAGGGGCAACCCAGCAGCUCGGACACCGAGUCGGAUUUCUAUGAAGAAAUCGAGGUGAGCUGCACCCCGGACUGCGCCACGGGGAACGCCGAGUACCAGCACAGCAAAGGGCCUGGCUCCGAGGCACUGGCCAGCAGUCCCAAUGGCAGCGGCGAGGCUCCCAAAAGCAAUGGCAGCGGUGGCUCCCAGGGCACCUUGGCCUGCAGUGCUAGUGACCAGAUGCGACGGUACCGUACUGCCUUCACCCGGGAGCAGAUUGCACGGCUGGAGAAGGAAUUCUACAGGGAGAACUAUGUAUCCAGGCCUCGGAGAUGUGAGCUGGCGGCUGCUCUAAACCUGCCGGAAACCACAAUCAAGGUGUGGUUCCAGAACCGGCGCAUGAAGGACAAGCGGCAGCGGCUGGCCAUGACUUGGCCGCACCCGGCCGACCCAGCUUUCUACACGUACAUGAUGAGCCACGCGGCGGCCGCGGGCGGCCUGCCCUACCCCUUCCCGUCGCACCUGCCCCUGCCCUACUACUCGCCCGUGGGCUUGGGCGCUGCGUCCGCCGCGUCCGCCGCCGCCUCGCCCUUCAGCGGGCCGCUGCGCCCGCUCGACACCUUCCGCGUGCUUUCGCAGCCCUACCCGCGGCCCGAACUGCUGUGCGCCUUCCGCCACCCGCCGCUCUACCCGGGCCCGGCGCACGGACUGGGCACCGCGGCCGGCGGUCCCUGUUCCUGCCUCGCCUGCCACGGCGGCCCGGCCAACGGGCUGGCGCCCCGCGCCGCCGCCGCUGCCUCGGACUUCACCUGUGCCUCCACCUCCCGCUCGGACUCCUUCCUCACCUUCGCGCCCUCCGUGCUCAGCAAGGCCUCCUCUGUGGCGCUGGACCAGAGGGAGGAGGUGCCCCUCACGAGAUAA